AUGUAUACAGCUGAUGCAGCCCAACAGUUUCAGUAUGCAGUGAGAGUUAUUGGAAGCAACUUCGCUCCCACCGUUGAGCGGGAUGAAUUUCUUGUGGCGGAGAAAAUCAAGAAAGAACUUGUGCGACAAAGAAGGGAAGCAGAUGCUGCUUUGUUUUCAGAACUCUACAGAAAACUCGGUUCACAGGGCAUUUUGAAAAACAAAUGGUCAAUACUCUACCUCCUGCUUAGCCUUAGCGAAGAUCCCCGUAAGCAGUCUAACAAGGUAUCAAGUUAUGCCACACUUUUUGCUCAAGCAUUGCCACGGGAUGCUCACUCAACCCCUUAUUACUAUGCCAGGCCGCAAAGCCUCCCGUUGAAUUACCAGGACCGCAGCGCUCAGUCUGCCCAGAGUUCUGGCAGCAUGGGGAGCAGUGGGAUCAGCAGCAUCAGCCUGUAUGCCCUGAAUGGGCCAACGCCAACUCCACAAUCACUCCUUCCAGGACAAUCCUAUCAAACUCCAGGCGUUGGAGAUUGCCUCCGUCAGCAAUUAGGGUCACGUCUCGCAUGGACUUUAACUGCAAGCCAGCCUUCUUUACAAAGCACUACCUCAAAAGGCUUUUCCAAUGCUGUCUCCCGUGGUGUGCCAAGAUCAAGACGAGAAGGAGAUACAAGUGGCUCUGUUGAAAUAACCGAAGCAAACCUUGUAAGAGACGUUUUGUAUGUCUUCCAGGGAAUAGAUGGCAAAAACAUCAAAAUGUGCAAUUCUGAAAAUUGCUAUAAAGUGGAGGGAAAGGUGAGCUUGUCCAAAUCUCUCAGAGAUACUACAAGUAGACUUGCAGAGUUGGGGUGGCUACAUAAUAAAAUAAGAAAAUACACAGACCAGAGGAGCUUGGAUCGUGCGUUUGGACUUGUGGGACAGAGUUUUUGUGCAGCCUUACAUCAGGAACUUAAAGAAUACUACCGACUUCUGUCUGUUUUACAUUCUCAGUUGCAAUUGGAAGAUGAUCAGGGUGUGAAUUUGGGACUUGAGAGCAGUUUAACACUUCGCCGUCUUCUGGUCUGGACAUACGAUCCCAAAAUAAGGUUAAAGACUCUUGCAGCACUUGUUGAUCACUGUCAAGGGAGAAAAGGGGGUGAACUGGCCUCAGCAGUUCACGCCUAUACUAAAACAGGAGAUCCCUACAUGAGAUCUCUGGUUCAGCACAUUCUUGGCCUGGUGUCUCAUCCAGUACUGAAUUUCCUUUAUCGCUGGAUUUAUGAUGGAGAGCUGGAGGAUACUUACCAUGAGUUUUUUGUAGCUUCAGAUCCAACAGUUAAAACUGAUCGGUUGUGGCAUGACAAAUACACUUUGAGGAAAUCAAUGAUCCCUUCUUUUAUUACAAUGGAGCAAUCAAAAAAGGUCCUCCUAAUAGGAAAAUCCAUAAACUUCUUGCAUCAGGUUUGUCAUGAUCAAACUCCAUCCACAAAGAUGAUUGCUGUGGCAAAGUCUACAGAGUCUUCAAAAGAUGCUGCCGAUUUGUUCACAGAUCUGGAAAAUGCAUUUCAAGAGAAAAUCGAUGCAGCUUAUUUUGAGACCAGCAAAUACCUGCUGGAUGUUCUUAAUAAGAAAUACAAUUUACUGGAACACAUGCAGGCCAUGAGGCGCUACUUACUGCUUGGUCAAGGAGACUUUAUCAGGCAUUUAAUGGACUUGCUCAAGCCGGAGCUUGCACGACCAGCUACAACUUUGUAUCAGCAUAAUCUAACUGGAAUCCUUGAAACAGCGGUGAGGGCCACUAAUGCCCAGUUUGAUAAUCCUGAGAUUCUCAAGCGAUUGGAUGUUCGACUUCUGGAGGUGUCGCCGGGGGACACUGGAUGGGAUGUCUUCAGCUUGGACUAUCAUGUUGAUGGGCCCAUAGCAACGGUAUUUACACGUGAGUGCAUGAGCCACUAUCUAAGAGUAUUUAAUUUCCUUUGGAGAGCAAAGCGAAUGGAGUAUAUUCUUACUGAUAUAUGGAAAGGGCACAUGUGCAAUGCAAAGCUACUGAAAAGUAUACCAGAGCUUUCUGGGGUGCUGCAUCAGUGUCACGUUCUGGCAUCAGAAAUGGUCCAUUUCAUUCAUCAAAUGCAGUAUUACAUUACAUUUGAGGUGCUUGAAUGUUCGUGGGAUGAACUCUGGAACAAGGUCCAACAAGCACAAGACUUGGAUCAUAUCAUUGCAGCUCACGAAGUUUUUCUAGACACAAUCAUAGCUCGGUGCUUGCUGGACAGCGAUUCCAGGGUACUUCUCAACCAGCUUCGAGCUGUUUUUGAUCAGAUCAUUGAGCUCCAGAAUGCCCAAGAUGCAAUGUACAGAGCUGCUUUGGAGGAGCUGCAGCUGAGGUUACAGUUUGAAGAGAGGAAAAAACAGCGUGAGCUUGAGGGCAAAUGGGGUGUAACUGCAUCAGAAGAGGAAGAAGAGAGCAAGAGAAUGAAAGAAUUUCAAGACUCAGUACCCAAAAUGUGCUCACAGCUGCGAAUACUCACUCACUUUUACCAGGGAAUCGUACAGCAGUUUUUGGUCCUGCUGACAACCAGCUCUGACGAAAGCCUUCGGUUUCUUAGCUUUAGAUUGGACUUCAAUGAACAUUACAAAGCAAGAGAGCCAAGGCUCCGUGUAUCGUUGGGCUCUAGAGGCAGACGAAGCUCACAUAUGGGACACGCCAGCUUAAGGACUGCACCUCGGUAUCCGAAGGAUCUUGAACCUCUUGUUGGACAAGGCAAUCAGUGUUGACAUAGUACAACCAAA